GGGGAGUUUGCACUGUGUUGCCAACAAGUAACUCUGAGGGGAAUGAACCCUGAACUGCUGUCUGUGGGGAUAGCCUUUCUCUGAAAACUUUCACCAACAGGAACCUAGAGGAUAGCGCUAAGAGUUGUCAGGGAGAGUGCUUUCACAGCAGGAGCCUAACAUCCCUGCGAAAUCUUAAGGGCACACAAACCAUCUUCCAGCCUUCAGAUCUGGUUAUCUGAUCUCACGCCAGUGAAAUAAACUGGUCAUCAUGCGCUGGUUUGGGGAACAUAAAAUGAACACCAAAGCCCGUCGGCUUCACAUUCCCUAAAGUCUGCUGAGCCCUGUCUGCUCCGCAGCUGGGAUUACUCUGUGGGGUGUGAUUGGAGAGUCUGGCUCAGCUCCAGGGUAGAGAGAGCCUCUAUAUAUGCCCGGAGAGGGGAAAGCUGUAUCAGAGAGAGCUGGAGCCGCUUCGUCCUGCCUUCUCCCACGAUCUGCUCAAAGCUGAGGAAAUAACUGCUCGACAAAAUGUGCAAAGGAUUAGCUGCCUUGCCACACACAUGUCUGGAGAGAGCGAAGGAGAUCAAGACCAAGUUGGGCACGCUCCUCCAGAAGCCUGACUCAGCUAUCGACCUGAUCAUCCCAUACCCGGAGAAGCCAGAGAAGCCAGCCAAGGCCCAGAAGACCUCACCAGAUGAGGCUUUGCAGUGGCGUGAGUCCCUGGAGAAGCUCCUGCAAAAUGCUUAUGGGCUUGCCAGAUUCAGGAGCUUCCUUAGAUCCGAGUUCAGUGAGGAAAACAUUGAGUUCUGGAUUGCCUGUGAAGAAUACAAGAAAAUCAAGUCCCCCACCAAGAUGGCUGAGAAGGCCAAGAAAAUUUAUGAGGAGUUCAUCCAGAUGGAGGCACCUAAAGAGGUGAACAUAGACCACUGCACCAAAGCUGUGACCAUGAAGAACUUGGUGGAGCCAUCGGUGAGCAGCUUCAAUGAGGCUCAGAAGCGGAUCUUUGCCCUGAUGGAGAAGGACUCCCUGCCCAGAUUUGUGCGGUCAGAGUUUUAUCAAGAGUUAAUCAAGUAGCAAUGUAGCAAGCCUGUGCAAUGCAUUCCUUGCUAGGCAGUCACUGUGAGCCAUGCUAUUGCCUCUUUCCAAACCCCAGCUUUAGUCUGUAGCUGCUUUGCCUUAAAGAUACCAAACUGAGAAAGCACUCAACUGCACUGCUAAACUCCUUCCACAUUGUUUUGGACUCUCUCCUAUGUGCCAAGUGUCUCCUCUUCUACAGUCUCUUUCCCUGCUCCCUUCCCAAGAUCCCUGUUAUGAAAAAGCCCUAGUGAUUUUACCCAUUGGUCUUAGACUGCAUUACUGAGAGUCAUCUCAGCAGCCAGUUGACAACAAGCUUGUCCAGAGUACCUCCAUGGAGAUGCAGAGGAGGCUUGCAGGAGCCUUGGCACUCAUCUGUUACACAGAGCUGUGGCCUGUAGAUCUUAUCGGUCCUAGGUCUUGUCCACGCUACAGAGUUUUGUCAACAAAAGUUAUGCCGCCAUAGAGCAAUCACUUUAAUUAAACUGCUAUUGCAUGUCCAGACUAUGCUCCUUGUGUUGGCAGAGCGCAUCCACACUACCGGCUCUUCCAUCGACACACAGAGCAGUGCACUGUGGGUAGCUAUUCCACUGUGUAACUGGCCGCAGGGUGCUUUGGGUUGAGUUUGCAAUGCCUCGUGGGGCAGGUACAGCAUUACAUGAUGCAAGUUUCUCAUUCAAUGGACAUCCCACUAGAUUGCCAGCUGCUUUUCAACUAAAGUGUGUGUGUGGGGGGGGGGGGGGGGAAGAGCGUGUGACAGUGUGUGUGUGUGUGUAUAUGAGAGAGUGUGCGUGGGGGGAGUGUGUGUGUUGGGGGAGAGUGAGUGUGUCACUGUGCUGUCUUUGUAAGUCCAAACAAUCCUGAGGUGGAGGGGAGAAUGCCCCCCCACACACAACAGGCCCCUCCUUCCUUCCUGGCUCUGCACAGCACAGCAGUCUCUCCCCUAUCACCCUUGCUCUGUCUGUCACUGUGUUCCUAGUUCCAGGGAGAGCAGGACUCCACGUUAAGCCUCCUGUGUUUCCCUCCACGUUCUCCCAUAUAGUCAGAGAAUCAUACAAUAUCAGGGUUGGAAGGGACCUUAGGAGGUCAUCUAGCCCAACCCCCUGCUCAAAGCAGGACCAAUCCCCAACUAAAUCAUCCCAGCCAGGGCUUUGUCAAGCCUGAUCUUAAAAAUAUCUAAGGAAGGAGAUUCCACCACCUCCCUAGGUAAUGCAUUCCAGUGUUUCACCACCCUCCUAGUGAAAAAGUUUUUCCUAAUAUCCAACCUAAACCUCCCCCACUGCAACUUGAGACCAUUACUCCUCGUUCUGUCAUCAGCUCCCACUGAGAACAGUCUAGAUCCAUCCUCUUUGGAACCCCCUUUCAGGUACUUGAAAGCAGCUAUCAAAUCCCCCCUCAUUCUUCUCUUCCGCAGACUAAACAAUCCCAGUUUCCUCAGCCUCUCCUCAUAACUCAUGUGUUCCAGUCCCCUAAUCAUUUUUGUUGCCCUCCGCUGGACUCUUUCCAAUUUUUCCACAUCCUUCUUGUAGUGUGGGGCCCAAAACUGGACACAGUACUCCAGAUGAGGCCUCACCAAUGUCGAAUAGAGGGGAACGAUCACGUCCCUCGAUCUGCUGGCAAUGCCCCUACAUAUACAUCCCAAAAUGCCAUUGGCCUUGGCAACAAGGGCACACUGUUGACUCAUAUCCAGCUUCUCGUCCACUGUAACCCCUAGGUCCUUUUCUGCAGAACUGCUGCCAAGUCAUUCGGUCCCUACUCUGUAGCGGUGUAUGGGAUUCUUCUGUCCUAAGUGCAGGACUCUGUACUUGUCCUUGUUGAACCUCAUCAGAUUUCUUUUGGCCCAAUCCUCUCAUUUGUCUAGGGCUUUCUGUAUCCUAUCCCUACCCUCCAGCGUAUCUACCUCUCCUCCCAGUUUAGUGUCAUCUGCAAACUUGCUGAGAGUGCAAUCCACACCAUCCUCCAGAUCAUUUAUGAAGAUAUUGAACAAAACCGGCCUCAGGACCGACCCUUGGAGCACUCCACUUGAUACCGGCUGCCAACUAGAGAUGGAGCCAUUGAUCACUACCUGUUGAGCCCGACAAUCUAGCCAACUUUCUAUCCACCUUAUAGUCCAUUCAUCCAGCCCAUACUUCUUUAACUUGCUGGCAAGAAUACUGUGGGAGACUAUAUCAAAAGCUUUGCUAAAGUCAAGGAACAACACGUCCACCGCUUUCCCCUCAUCCACAGAGCCAGUUAUCUUGUCAUAGAAGGCAAUUAGAUUAGUCAGGCAUGACUUGCCCUUGGUGAAUCCAUGCUGACUGUUCCUGAUCACUUUCCUCUCCUCUAAGUGCUUCAGAAUUGAUUCCUUGAGGACCUGCUCCAUGAUUUUUCCAGGGACUGAGGUGAGGCUGACUGGCCUGUAGUUCCCAGGAUCCUCCUUCUUCCCUUUUUUAAAGAUGGGCACUACAUUAGCCUUUUUCCAGUUGUCCGGGACUUCCCCGGAUCGCCAUGAGUUUUCAAAGAUAAUGGUCAAUGGCUCUGCAAUCACAUCCACCAACUCCUUUAACACUCUUGGAUGCAACGCAUCUGGCCCCAUGGACUUGUGCUCUUCCAGCUUUUCUAAAUAGUCCUGAACCACUUCUUUCUCCACAGAGGGCUGGUCACCUGCUCCCCAUGCUGUGCUGCCCAGUGUAGUAGUCUGGGAGCUGACCUUGUUCGUGAAGACAUAGGCAAAAAAAGCAUUGAGUACAUUAGCUUUUUCCACAUCCUCUGUCACUAAGUUGCCUCCCUCAUUCAGUAAGGGGCCCACACUUUCCUUGACUUUCUUCUUGUUGCUAACAUACCUGAAGAAACCCUUCUUGUUAUUCUUAACAUCUCUUGCUAGCUGCAACUCCAGGUGUGAUUUGGCCUUCCUGAUUUCACUCCUGCAUGCCUGAGCAAUAUUUUUAUACUCUUCCCUGGUCAUUUGUCCAAUCUUCCACUUCUUGUAAGCUUCAUUUUUGUGUUUAAGAUCAGCAAGGAUUUCACUGUUAAGCCAAGCUGGUCACCUGCCAUAUUUACUAUUCUUUCUACACAUCGGGAUGGUUUGUCCCUGUAACCUCAAUAAGGAUUCUUUAAAAUACAGCCAGCUCUCCUGGACUCCUUUCCCCCUCAUGUUAUUCUCCCAGGGGAUCCUGCCCAUCAGUUCCCGGAGGGAGUCAGAGUCUGCUUUUCGGAAGUCCAGGGUCCGUAUUCUGCUGUUCUCCUUUCUUCCCUGUGUCAGGAUCUUGAACUCGACCAUCUCAUGGUCACUGCCUCCCAGGUUCCCAUCCCAUCCCAUUGGUCUCAUCAGCUCACAGACCAAUGAUCCACCCCUCCCCUGUACUCCAGGCAGGGCAGCGUGUUGCUCUCCAUGCUGAGUAAUGUCAAAGUUUCCCAGAGCUUUGAAAAGCGAGGGGUGCAUGCCUGCAGGGCAGCGGAGUUCAAAACAGUGAGCAGAGCAGUCACCGCAGGCAUUGUGGGAGACUGGGGGAGGCCAGUUACAUCGACAUAACGAACAGCAGUGUUGCUUUGUCGCUUUAACUUUACCGCAAAAUGCUGUCUGCCUCUCAUUGAGGUGGUUUUAUUUUGUUGGCAAAACAGGAGAGUUUUGCCACAAAAAGUAGCACUGUAGUGUGUACACCUCCAGUGUUUUGUUGAUAAAAGCUGUCUUUUGCAGACAAAACUGUAAACUGUAGACAAGACCCUAGUGUCCAAUGCUCUAGCUGGAUCUGAGCAGCCUUGAUUCAGAUAAACUCAGAUGAGAAUCAGAGAAGCAUCCAUACUUCAAUGUUUAUCCAAAACAACUACAUGACUGAGCUGCUAGACCCUGUGUCCUCACCCAUCCCUACUCGCACAUCAGGUUACACUGAUGUGAUAUCCUUGCCGUGACCAGCUGGAUGAAUUGAACAUGUUAAAUACUAAUGGCACGGAAAGGUUUUAAAAUACUCCUGCCUCUUCCCGCCACAACACAAGACCUUGAAGUGACUGUGCUCUAAGCGCUAGGACUCUGUGCUGUUGUGACAAUCUUUGCAGGAGGAGGUGUUUGACAGCGAGUCCCACUGAGUGAAAGCCACCUCAGUUCUUCUGAAGCAUUUGCUCUCUGGGGGCCCUGACACUGAGUCUGAGACCAGCUAGUGACAGGAUUGACUCUAAUUGCACUUUGUGUCCACACAGAACAUGGUGGCUACAUGGUUAGUAACCAUAGACAUGGCAGCAUCAGUGUCUUGCCCCUGGCCACGACAGAGACUGCCUCGUGGUUGCCUUCCUGGAUCCUGUGGGACACUGUUAUUUGCAAUGUAGAUCCUCCACACCCACAUCAAACUGUGUCCACAUGACUGGUUUGGCCUGCCCUCUCUCCUCCCUGCUUUCCAAGCGGGAGCACGGCCCACUUGCUGCUCGUUCAGCACUGUGGGGUUUUCCCAGCAUGCACUGAUCCAAUCACAGCCAGGCAGCAUGGAAGGCACAGGCACACAUGGGUGUCACAAGGUUGCUUUUGAAAACAGCUGCUGUGUGGACACAGGAAGGUCGGAUGAGAAUCACAAACUGGUAACAAUGAUGGUUCUAUUCAUGCCAUACCCAGGUACAGGGUGUAACUGGAGCUCCCAGACUGUGCUCUUCAGCUAGUAACACACUUCCCAUUGCCAGUGUGCUGCAGGAGGCUAUUGUGAGUGAUAGGCCCUUCAACACACCACCUCUGCUGGAACAAACAGUGCUCCUUUUGAGCUGGAGACAGGGAGAAGAAUAAAACAAAAAUAUCCAAAACACUGGGACUGCUGCCUAGCAACCCAGAGCUCUGCCUGCAUUAGAUUUAGUGAGCUUGUCAUUUCCAGAGCCAUAUACAACCCCACAAUGCCUGUGCACAGCCUUACUCAAUGCUCCCCAGGUGUUUUGAGGUGUGUUUGACUCGUCAGUGUGGGUGUCCUGCUGGUGAAAGCCUGUCCCAGUUAUUCUCUCAAGAGCAGCAUGCCAAAGUGAGAGUUCUGCACCAACCCAAAAGAGAAAGUUCAUUAGAGGAGGUAAAACUUGUUGAAAGAACAGUUUGGGUCAGUUGCUGAAAACAGCCCUGAAGAAAAGCCAUCAGUGGAAAUAGGAGAAAUAAAACCCUGGCGUCUUGAACAGAUGGCAAAUGGUGCUGAGCUUUGUGCAGUUCAUUUCCCUCUGUCCAGGCUCCUCAUUCUGUUUAGAUGGGGCAUACAUAUUUGUAUUGCUGACACAAUUGGCCAGCUUGUGUCCAAGCAGGAUGGCAGGGCCGGUGGGGCUUCUGGAUGGUGACAGACUUGUUUCAUUUUGAAAAAUAUUACAGCUCACAGACAUUAGUCUUUGCCCUUGGUUCCAGCCCAGCUCAGCAGCCACCAGAAGUUGUGACCAUCUGCAGACUUGGGGGGCGGGGGGUGGCCUGUGUGAAAUAAAGCUGGGGUCUCAACCCAGUUCAAACUAAGUGUCCAUCAGAAGCGUGAUUGGCAGUAACUGCUGGUGAAAAGGCCAGGGACUGACUGGAACUUGACAUGAAUGUCUUUUCUCCUCCAGGGGGGUUUCCUCGGUCCCAGUUGGCAGGUGCCAGGGUAGGAAGCCUGCAAUGCCACUGCUUGUAAUAAGACUGCCUGUGGCUAAAUACAGGACAUCAGUCUCCACAGUUGACGAUCCAGAAUUUUUAUUUUUUAAAAUCAGUUACAAAACUCUCCGCAGGCUGUUAAAAUGGGCCACCCACGCUCAGAAUCCAGAGCUGGCAAUCCAGAGCAUGGGAGACUGUGUGCAACAUGCAAUAAAAUAAACGAUGGGUCUGCAAACCUUUUAUACACUUACAAAAACUAUCAAAAAACCACCAUACCCAAAUAUUUACACCUUGUUUCCAUGGUGACAGAAUAAAAAUACAUGGCUAGCUGGGCUGAACAGUCCAGGAAACAAACUCUGUGGUAAUGCAUUUAUUUUUCUUUCUCUCAAGCAAAUGGCCUGGGAAAGUUAGAGGCCUCAUGACAGGGCCGCUGCCUGGUAUUCUCAUUCCCUUCCCCUGUGUGAAGAUGUAACACAGGGGUGGGCAAAUUAUGGCCCUUGGGCCAGAUACGGCCCACAAGCCGUUUUAAGCUGGCCCAUGAGCCACACCACAUGGCUCGGCCCCACUCUGGCGCUCCGGCCAGGGCGCUGGGUUGGGGCUGCACCAUGUGGCUCAGCCCUGCUCUGGCCGGGGUGCUGGGUUGGGGACCCUGUGCUCCUGUGCUCCGGCUGAGGCGCUGGGUCGGGGGCUGCAAAACGUGGCUCUCGGAAGCUGUGGCAUGGCCCCACUCUGGCUCCUACAUGCUCCAAUGAGAGCUGCAGGGGCGGUGCCUCCGGAUGGGGCAGGGUGCAGAACCGCCUAGCCGUGCCUCUGUGUAGGAGCCAGAGAGGGGACAUGCCACUGCUUCCAGGAGCCACUUGAGGUAAGCGCCACUCUCCAAUAUCUUCGAUCCCAGACCAGAUCACCCUCCUGCACCCUAAACCCAUGGUCCCCAACCCCACCCCAGAGCCAGCACCCUCUCCCGCACCCCAACCCCAAUUUUGUGAGUAUUCAUGGCCCGCCAUACAAUUUGUAUUGCCCAAUGUGACCCUCGGGCUAAAAAGUUUAACCACCCCUGAUGUAACUCCUCUGUCAGUCAGUCUGCAACGUGAUACAGUGGCAAUAUCACAAUGGGCCCAACCCAUUGCAAAAGGACCUCACACAUCUUUCACCUCCCCUUUGAGACAGUAAAAGAUUAGAGCAGAAAAUACCCCGCAACAGCAGCCUUUUUCUGUCUGGCUUUGAAGGGAAAUAGGUUAGGAACAGAACUGGGGCUAAGACCAAAACGGGUUCAGCAGUUACAAUAUAGGAGAGCCAUACCAUCGCUGGCCACAUUCACUCCUGGUGUAACUCUACUGAUUUUAGUGCAGGUAUCUCAGAGAAUGAGCUUGGUUCAGUAUGUCUCUGCAUAACACAGAUGGCCAUACAGUGCACACAGAAAUGCAGGCUCAAAGGGGCUCCCAGCAGAAAGACUCCCGCCUGUCAUUUACUUGUUUAAGAUGUUGCUGGAAAGACUGAAAUGCCUCACAGAUACAUCAGGAAUUCAAAUUUGUAAUCGCAAGUUAACCAAACAAAUCUUGUCUUAAUUGGCAAUAUAUUUAAUCCACUUCUCUCUCUUUCUCCAGUAAGACCUGCCCUAUGGACUGCCACCAAUGGGUGACUUCUUGUUAGUUUAAGGUAUCUGCACGUUUCCAGUUCUCUAGUUAAAAAGUCAUUCUCCAGUAGGUAUCUGGUUUGGCUCGUCCUUUGAGUGGUUGCUUAAAAUGCACAGUUCUCCAUACACAUAUAUGCACACACAUACACACUUGAUCACACACAUACACACAGUUUUUCAGUCAGUUUCUGCUAGGUGUCCAAAUUUGUUCAUGCAAAUUUUACAUGCUCAGCUGCUUGUUUGCCUAGUUAUCAGAUGUAUGCCUGCAAAACAGGUACUUCAGGGCUAACUAGCCAAUCUGAUCACAUAAACACGCAUGGGCAGCCAUUCCACACCCAAAAUUUAAGGGCAUCUUUUGAAAAUGUUAUCCUAAAAGCCUACUCUUGUAGCUAUCUGAUUUGGAUUCCAACACAUGUAAUCUUUGUUCCCUGAAUCCUGUGCAGGGUAAUUUACACAGGAGAACAAGUUGGGGUGGGUUGGGUAUUUAUGGUGAAGUCAGGACUGUGCCUUGCACUCAUUAAAAGGAAAGGGGGAUGCCAUAGGUAUCAAAUGUGCCAUAGGAACCAUGGGCAUAAGAUGUACAUUGACUAUUUCCUGACAGUUGAAGCUGUAAAAAGUGCUGUGGCUUAUUUUGGUAACCACUGGUGAGUACAUCCUAACCCGUGCUCUUCUACCAGAUACUCAAACUUCUCAGAUCUUCCCCAGUCAACCAGAUCUCUCAUAGUAAAUUCCUUAGAAAAUUCCUCUUUGUCUCAUGAAAGCACAGUGCAGUCAUGCCCAUAAAAACCAGAUAUUGGCUGUAUUAGGACAGCACAGCUAUGUGCUGGGUGGCCCUGUGCUGAGAUGUGGUUUGUAGCCUAAAAACUGCUUUAGUUUGUCAUGUGCUAUCACAACAACCUCUGGUGGCACCUGGGCAGCAAGACACCUUGGGCCUGGGUUUGAGUUCUUUUGAAAGUGUAGUCUAUCAGAAGCCCCUCCUGGCCUCCACUCCUGCGACAGAAAGGAUAAACCUCGUCUCCUAGAUACUUAAUUUUGAACUAGGUCCAAUUUAGCCUAGUUCUCCAUUAGCUACAGAAGGGCCUGUGCAAUGUGACCUCAGAAGCAUUUGGGAUUUCUAAAAGCUGUGUUUGUGUAGACUGUUCACUUUGUUUAUUCACUCUGGCAUUCAGACAGCAUGAAAAGUGACAAAUGACACCACCUGAUGAGGAAGCGGAUAAUUCUGAAACCCAAGCAACAUCUGCUAUGGGACCAAUAUCAUCUAUAAUGUGUCUGUUAUCAAGUAUUUUAUAUAUUCUCUGUUACUCUUACUUUUAUUAUGUUACACAUGUAUCAGCAUGAUAUAUACAACAUUAUAUAUUUGUAUUCUUAUAUACACAUUAUAUAUAUAUAUUAAUCAUGUUAACUUCACUUGAGUCCUUAGUGAGUCAGUGAAUCAAAACAUACCAUUUAAAUGCAUGUUAGCUAACAACAAGAUUGUUCACUUUUCACACUUGCCCAUUGCCUCUCACAGCCAUGAGCACUGAAUAGAAGUAGAAUGGUUUCAGGUAUUUUAUUGAGCUAAAACUCAGCCUUUCACUGGUAUCUUCCUAUCUGGUACAGAACCUGGAGAAUCUUCAGGACCAUAAUCUCUUUAAAUCUGCCCUUUGUGCACUGAACAGGUUAACAUCAUGUAAUGUCAAACCAAACCACAUCCCACUACAAGAGGUGAACAUCUGUAUGGGUCAGCUCCCAUGAUAAAGCCUGUCUUGUAGGGUGCUGAGUGGCUCCCCCAAGGGGCUCUUAUCCAUCCACACCCAUGGCCUCAGGACAGGAUGGUACAGGGUGUGUCCCCCCACAGAGGCAUUGCCAUGUCAGGGCAGUGCAGGCUAGGUCAACUGGGUCUGUUCUGUAACAUGCAUGUAACCUUCAAUAUAACCAGAAUAUAAACAUUUUAUCACUGA